UAUUUCAGGUUAAACAAGAGGUGGAAAUUGAAUUACGUACUAUGAAUUCAUUGUCUUGAACAAUAUUGAUAAGUUUUUAUCUUUUUAUAUAACCUGGAGGGUGUGACCCUUUUACUUCUUUUCAUUUUGAUUCUAAUAUUUGCUGCUGGAUUUGUGAUCUGUCCAAUUUCCGUCUGCUCCAUCAAGUAAAUAUAUUUUUUCGUGAAAAUUCAGAAAUUUUGUUCAUAUAAGAACUUUAACAUGGGAGAUGUAGACCAGGAACAACCAGAAAAAAAUGAUAGUGCUGAUGAAUCUGAAGAUGAAGGAGAAGUCUUAGAAUAUUCACCAUGUGGAAGAUGGCAGAAAAGAAGAGAAGAAGUAGAACAGCGUGAUGUUCCAGGUAUUGAUUAUGCCUUUCUUGCUAUGGACACAGAAGAAGGUGUUGAAGUGGUAUGGAAUGAAGUGCAGUUUUCAGAAAACAGGAAUUUGAAGGCUCAAGAGGACAAAAUAAGACAAGUGUUUGAUAACUUAAUCCAGUUAGACCAUCCAAAUAUAGUCAAAUUCCACAAGUACUGGACAGACACAAAAGAUGGGAAAUCAAGAGUUAUCUUCAUAACAGAAUAUAUGUCAUCUGGUUCACUGUCUCAAUUCAUGAAGAAAACCAGGAAAAAUAAUAAAACAUUUAAUUUGAAGGCAUGGAAGAGAUGGUGUACCCAGAUUCUGUCCGCACUGAGCUACCUUCACUCCUGCAAUCCUCCAAUAACUCAUGGAAAUUUAGCCUGUGAUACAAUAUUUAUACAGCAUAAUGGGCUUAUCAAGAUUGGUUCAGAAUAUGGUGCCGUCUGUUAUGUGACAGGAGAAAUCAGGGAGACAAAAGUUGCUCCAGAUGCUAUGCAUCAUGUAAAGACAUACAGAAAAGAUAUAAAGAAUAUGCAUUGCAUUGCACCCGAAUAUGCAGAUAUAACGUCAGCUGACCAGUCAGACAAAAAGGAGGUCAAGGUUGAAUUUUACAAAUACCACUUAUGCUGUCCAGGAGUUUUAGCUCUUGAUUGCUUUUUCAAUACAUAUCCUGGUGCCUUUGGUCCUCCUAUUGAUAUAUAUUCUUUUGGAAUUUGUGCAUUAGAGAUUGCAGCUCUUGGUUUUCAAGGAAACGGUGGUGAAUCCAGUGUACAUGUUACAGAAGAAAACAUUAAAAGAACUUUAGAAUCCUUAGAAAACCCAUUACAAAGAGAUUUUAUAUCCCAAUGUAUUAUAAAAGAUCCAGCAGUCAGACCAAAUGCUAGGGAGCUGUUAUUCCAUGCCAUAUUGUUUGAAGUACAUUCGUUGAAGCUCCUUGCUGCUCACACAUUUGUCAAAAGUCUUUCAAUUCUUCCUGAAAAUUUAACAGAUGAAGCAUUUAUUAAAAGGAUAGAUCCCAAUACUGUAUUUGCGGAAAUCAGGUGUAAAGAACCGGUGCAAUGGAAACGAUCACAAGUGCCAAAUUUAGAAUUAGAAAAGUUUUUGGAAGAUGUAAGAAAUGGAAUUUAUCCCUUGACGGCAUUUACUAUGCAAGAUCCACCAACUAAAACCCGUCCUGUAACUCCUGAGGUGGACAAUCCACAAAAGUCAGAAGAUCAAAAUUCGUUAGACGUAGAAAAUCGUUUGGUGACAUCAUCACAAUGUUAUGUCCGGAAAGAUGAUUCCUCUAAAUAUCACAUAACACUCCAGUUAAAAAUGGACGAUAAAAUGAAUAGACAAUUAACAGCAGACUUUUCAAAAGAUGACAAUGCAGAAAAACUUGCACAAGAAUUGGUUCACUAUGGUUUCAUUAACAAGAGUGAUGAAGAAUUAAUUGCAAAGUUGAUAAAUGAUCAGCUGAUGACAGUUUUACAGAAAACAAAUAUCCCUGUAGAAGGAUCGUGAUAUAUCCCUGUUGGUGUCAUGUUUAUGACGGAAAUCGUACUAACAUGAUUAUCAUAUGUUAUAAAGUGUCACAUGUUGUGUCCUACAGUCAGAGUACAAUCACUGGUGAUGUGACACUGAACGGGGGCCACUCACAUUAAAUAAGACAGAACAAUUUGGUGCUAUUUACGAAAAGAUGAAAAUAUUAUCUUUUUUGGUGGUUCAAAGUCAAAUACUUAUAUGAACAGAUUGUAAUUAAGUAUUAUUUAGAUAUUUGUAAUUUUAUUUAAACAUGAAAGUAAAUUGUUCAAAUCUAUUUUAAUGCAAAUAUUUUAUGUCAAAAUAUUUUAGCACUGACUGACAUUUAAUUUUUUUCAAAUAUUGAUUAAAAUGAAAGUAGAUUUCUUUUUAAUUUAAGAAAAAUUGGUUUGAAAUUUUAUUGCAUAGAAUUUGAUCAAUGAUGAUAUUACAGUUUUAAAUAAUUGGUGAAUCUAAAAUUCAAAGUUAGUCCUAUUUUGUUCUUUUCCCUUGUACAUAUUGAUUAAAAUUAUUAUGAUUAAUGAGGUUUGACUGUAAUUGUCAAUUGAAAAGGAAAAUUGCAUCAGACUUUAGAAAAGCAGCCUACUUGAUCACAAAAUCUUUAUUCUACUAUUAAAGAUUUUUUUAUAAAAGGUACAUUUUGCUUAUUUUUCUGAAGAAAAUGCCAAUUGAUUAAGUUUGAUGUUAUGUUAUCAUAACUUAUUCUAGGUAUACCCCUUGUUAAUUUAUCUAUCCUAAAAUGUACAUUGUCAUAUAGAUUAUAAAAUGAUGAGUUAAGAUUUUUUUGUGAUGUCAAACCUGUUUUUUGUUUAUUUACAGAUAAAAGCUUUAGAAUGUUCAUAGUAUGCAUUCCAGACAAAAAUGAUUAUUUGUUCUUUACUGUGCAUUUAUUUGAAAAAUAUUUUAAUGUAAAAACAAUGUGUGCUGAGAAUAAGGAAAAAUGUGCAAUAUUGUAAAUUUUAGUAUUUAUUUAGUUUCAUUUUGAAAAUGAUAAAAAAUGAUGUAUUUUCAUACAGAGUCAACACAUUAUGUUUAUAUUACCUGCUUUAGAAACUGCUAGCCAACAAAGGUCAUUCCCUCUAAAUUUUCGAAGUUGGUACUGCUUGUGAAUCAUUAAAGCAAAAUAGAUGAUUGCUCAAUUGUUUUGGGCAUUACAAUAUGUAUGUAAAAAAUUGUCUCAUUCCAGACAAAAUGUAUACAGUUUAAUCAAGAUUUUCUACUGGUAAUUUCUGUGCUUUUGUUCAGUUAGUUUUUAUCAUUAUAAGAAAUGUUUAUCUUAUGAUGCUGUUUUAACUUAUUCUAUAUUGUUGAUAUUGUACAAUGAGAUUGUUUUAUAAUCACAAAACAUCAAUAAAUAAAUGUUAAUGCAUUA